CAGUCUUCUUUCAAAUCCAAAAACCUCGUCUUCAAGAUUCAAACCCCCAAAUAGCUUCUUCUCCUUGUUUCUUUCAGCUCAAGAUCACCAGUCCCUGCAAUUCUUCUCUCUCCCCCAAUCUUUUUCAAUUCCAAUUCUACCCUCCAAUUUUUUUAAAGACCAUGCCCAUCUGAACCCCCCGAAACGGCGCCGUAGCAAUGAUUGUGAGGACUUACGGCCGGCGCAAGGGAGGAGGGAACCUCCCCAGGACUUACUCCGACUCAACCCUAAACGACGCCGUCCGCGGUGACGACGGCGACGACGUCAGCGCCGACCCGUUCAGAAUCUCGCUCUCCCAGGACACCGUCCCCCAAUUCAAUUUCAACUUCUCGUCGUCGUCGCAAGACUCGUCGGAGCCGCCGUACCCGCCUUUAAAGAGGCCCGGUCCGAUUCGAAGCGGCGGCGUUUUAAAGAAGAAGGCGAGGCGGAAUGAGGCGGCGGCGACGGCGACGCUGAUGGAGGCGCAGGAGUUUGGGGAGAUGAUGGAGCACGUGGACGAGGUCAAUUUCGCGCUGGAUGGGCUGAGGAAAGGUCAGCCGGUGAGGAUCAGAAGGGCGAGCUUGUUGUCCUUGUUGGGUAUUUGUGCUACUUCUCAGCAGAGACGGCUUCUCAGGACUCAGGGGAUGGCGAAAACGAUAAUCGAGGCCAUCUUGGGUCUCAGUUUUGAUGAUGAACCCAGCGAUCUGGCUGCUGCAGCUAUUUUCUACGUUUUGACAUGUGAUGGUCAGGACGAUCCUCUCUUGGAAUCACCAAGCUCUAUUAAUUGUUUGAUUAGGUUCUGCAAACCAAUUGUCUCAAAGAUUACUGAAGAUACAGCCCCAAAAAUCGGACGAAAGCUUCUAGCUUUGCGUUUGGGUGCUGACAUCUCGCAUUGUGCACCAAAAAGGAUAGACUCCAGCUUGACUGCUAUUCUUUCCAAAGUACAUGAGAUUCUUGUUACUUGCAAGGAAAUGAAACCAAGUUCUUCUGAUGAAAGUGAAAUGAACAUGCCGGAGUUAUGCCCCAAAUGGAUAGCUUUGCUUACUAUGGAGAAAGCUUGCUUAUCUACUAUUUCUCUUGAAGAAACAACUGGUACAGUAAGGCAGGCUGGGGGAAACUUUAAGGAAAAAUUACGAGAGCUUGGAGGCCUUGAUGCAGUCUUUGAGGUGUCAAUGAGUUGCCAUUCCAAAAUGGAGGGUUGGCUAAAAGGUAAUGCUCCUUCUACUUGGGAAAUGGAAAUCGACAUGGUGCGGAACCUGGUUCUGCUUUUAAAAUGCUUGAAGAUCAUGGAAAAUGCUACAUUCCUGAGCAAAGAGAACCAGAGCCACUUGCUUCAAAUGAAAGGAAGGUUGGAUCCGAUGGACAAGCCCAUAUCUUUCACAGAACUUGUUAUAAGUACCAUCAGUAUUCUAUCAGGGCUUUAUCUACAUAGAAGUGUAUCUGUUGACAAGUGUCAUAAUCUUGCUAAUGGGAAUGAAUAUGCCUCCAAGAAAGGUUCCCGCAAAUGUCAGAGCAAUGGAUUAGUGUCUACUUCUCGCGUUGUGUAUACUAUAUCCAGUUCAGAAACUACCAGCACGUCAAUGACUGACACAUAUUCGUUGAAGACAAGACUUAGUUCUUCCAGAAAUGGCUCAUCUAGUGGUACAGCAACCCUUUUAAGUGGGGGAACACGCACAUUGAACUAUGGUUCACGGAAGGAUAGUGGUUUCGGUCGAAGGUCCUAUAAUUCUAAAAACACUAAAAAUUAUCUUUUGGAGGAGAGCCGUGAUCCUUUUGCAUUUAACUACGGUUCCGGUGAUGAUUUUGGACUGAGUCAGAGAUCCUAUAUGUCUAAAAACUCAAAAAACAAACUUCUUGAGGAGAGCCAAGAUCCUUUUGCAUUUAGCGAUUGUCCCAGUGAGGAUGCUGGUCUCAGUCAGAGAUCAUAUAUUUCUGAAGAUUCUAAAGUUGACCUGUCACAGGAUAGUCAAGAUCCAUUUGCGUUUGAUGAAGUUGAUAUUGAACCUUCUCAGUGGGACAUAUUAUCUGGCAAGAAAAAGAUUUCUCAAGUGCGACAAAAUGGAGAAGCUUUCAGGGAGCUUGAUGAUGAUUGCCAGUUGCAUCUGAUUAUGAGCCAAGCAGAAUCGAGUAUUGGUGAAGACCAUGAUAUGCCGGAGACUUCCAAUGCGGGUGCUGUUAGCAAAGAAGGUUCCAGUCUUUUAGCUGACUGCCUUCUGACUGCUGUCAAGGUUCUGAUGAACUUAGCAAAUGAGAAUCCUGUUGGUUGUCAGCAAAUUGCUGCGGAUGGCGGACUGGAGACUAUGUCUUCCUUGAUUGCUAGCCACUUUCCAUCAUUCUCAUCUCCCUUCAGUGAGAGAAAUGACAAUACCUCAAGUAUUGAAAUGGACAAUCAGAAUGGUAGACAUCUUACAGAUCAAGAGCUAGAUUUCCUUGUUGCUAUUUUGGGCCUGCUUGUAAACUUGGUUGAGAAAGAUGGUCAAAACAGAUCACGGCUCGCUGCAGUCAGUGUUCACUUGCCUAUUUCAGAUGGGUUUGAACAGGAAAAUCACAAGGAUCUAAUUCUGCUAAUAUGCUCUAUAUUCCUAGCUAACCAGGGUGCAGGCGAGUGUUCCGAAGAAGGAAGAGUUUUGCCAGAUGAUGAGGCAGUUGUGUUGCAAGGAGAACAAGAAGCUGAGAAAAUGAUAGUAGAAGCUUAUGCUGCCCUACUUUUAGCAUUUCUUUCAACUGAAAGUAAGGGUGUACGUGAUGCCAUUGCUGACUGUCUCCCAGAUCGCAACCUUGCUAUCCUAGUACCUGUAUUGGACAGAUUUGUGGCAUUUCACUUGACGUUAAACAUGAUCUCACCAGAGACUCAUAAAGUCGUAAGCGAAGUAAUUGAAUCAUGUAGGCUACGAUGAGAGCUUCAGAGAUGGAGAUCCUGUACAGGUUUGGCCUUCCAUUCAGAUGAAUUGUAGUUCACAUUACACUCCACGACUCCUAUAGGGUUUGAAUUUCAGCUGCACAUUGUGUUUGAACUGACCACAGGCCUUUUUGCUUGUGCAGUGCUUCCUUAAUUUCUUUUUUUGUUCACUCCACUGAGCUAUUCUUUUGUAUCUCGUCUUUUUAACCAUUUUGUAGCAGUUAGAGAGAUCUGCUUGUAUACAAUAGAUGAUAAAACGAAAUGAAAAUAUCUCGUUUUUGUUUUGUGC